AUGGAUACUACGGAAGUACGAAGUGAACAUCGUUUUGAUGUUGAUAAGUUGCAUCGACACCUAGUUGAAAAUGUAGAGGAAUUUCCAAAAUCGAAUAACAGCAUUGAAGUGAAGCAAUACAGGUCUGGACAAUCAAAUCCAACAUUCUUUCUACAAAAAGAUGGAAUGGAAUUUGUUUUACGAAAGAAACCGCCCGGAAAACUACUAAGGGGUGCACAUCAGAUUGACAGAGAAUUUCGUAUACAGAGCGCCCUCUAUAGUAUUGGAUUUCCUGUGCCAAAGCAAUAUUUUUACUGCCGCAAUACAAAUAUUAUUGGAACCGAGUUCUACUUAAUGCAGCAUGUCCGGGGACGAAUAUUUCGGAAUGCAAGCCUUCCAGGAUGUUCACCGAAGGAAAGGUUGGAAUUAUUUCAAGUUAUGAACCACACCCUGGCAAAGUUACACCAGAUAAACUGGCAGCGUUUAAAACUACAUGAUUUUGGGAAAGCUGGAAACUAUUGCAAAAGACAGAUUUCAACAUGGAGUAAACAGUACAAGGCUUCUCAAACAUCCCAUAUUGAGUCCAUGGAUAAACUAUUGGAAUUGCUUCCAUUGAGAUUGCCCACAGAUGAAGACAUAACUACAAUAAUACAUGGCGAUUAUAAAGUGGAUAAUAUACCACAUGUUUUAGCUGUAUUGGACUGGGAGCUGUCAACACUUGGACAUCCAUACAUAGAUUUUGCUUACAAUUGUAUACUAUACAAUAUGAUAGAAACUAAAAAAUUGUAUCUCUAUGGCAACAUGUCUGAUCGCUCCAAAGUAAUCCCCGGGAUGCCAACAGAAAAGGAAUAUAUUGCAUGGUACUGUCACGCAAUGAACAUAACACCACCAAUAUCACAUUAUAACUUCUACUUAGCAUUGAGUUUAUUUAAGAUGGCUAGUAUCUUACAGGGAGUGUAUGCACGCUUUAUUCAAGGCAUUGCCAGUGCUAUAGCUGAUAAAGCUGAGAGUGUUGGUAGUAUUGUUGAACCAAUUGCUGAUAAAGCACUUCUAGUACUAACAAGGUUGGACUCUGAAAUUAAAUGGAAUACGAUUUCAUCAGUGGACGAUAUCUUACCUGUUCUGGACUCCUGUGCUAAAUCACCAAAAGGUCAAGAAAUAUACAAUAGGGUCAAAAGGUUUAUGAAGGAACAUGUCUAUCCUGCUGAAGUGGUGUUUGAAGAGCAGUUAAAGAAUUCAACAACAAAAUGGUUUCUACCGCAAGUACUAAAGAAUCUAUGGGCUAAGGCCAAGGAAGAAGGAUUAUGGAAUUUAUUUAUACAGUCAGUCAGUGGAUUGACUCAUCUUGACUCCGCUCUGAUUGCUGAAGAAGUCGGUACAAGUCCUAUUGGUCCAUUAAUCUUUAACAAGAAUUCAUUGUAUAUUGAUUUGUUAGAUCAGUUUGGUACUAAUGAACAAAAGAUGAAGUGGGUGAAACCAUUACUGGAUGGGGAAGUAACUUCAGCAAUAGCUAUGACGGAAACAAAUGUUGCUUCUAGUGAUCCGACCAGUUUAGAAUGUUCAAUCAAACGGGUUGGUGAAAACUAUGUUGUAAAUGGAACAAAAUGGUGGAUUUCAGGAGCUGGUGAUCCCAGGUUAAAAUUAGUGUUUGUGUUGGGAAAGACUGGAGAUGACAUUAUACCAAGACACAAAAGACACAGCAUAGUAAUUGUACCUGUUGAUACGCCUGGUUUUAAGAUUGGACGAUCUUUACAGGUUUUUGGUUAUCAAGAUGUUCCAUUUGGUCAUAUGGAAUUACAUUUUAACAAUGUAAGAGUACCAGUAUCAAAUAUAUUACUUGGUGAAGGAAGAGGAUUUGAAGUAGUCCAGUCUAGACUUGGACCAGCAAGAUUACAACAUUGUAUGCGACAAGUUGGAGUAGCUGAGCGGGUUUUAGAGAUGAUAUGUGACAGAGCUCAAUCAAGGUCAACAUUUGGCAAGAAUCUGGCACAACAGGGAGUUGUUCGACAUCAAAUUGCUGAAUGUAGACUUGGAAUUGAACAAAUCCGAUUGCUGACAUUAAGAGCUGCCCAUACUAUGGAUACAUAUGGAUGUAAAGCAGCUAAGAAACAAAUUGCUAUGGCUUUUGUUGCAACACCUCGCACAGUGAAAAAUAUCAUAGAUACAGCUAUUCAGAUUCAUGGUGGUGCUGGUGUCUGUCAAGACUACCCUUUCUGGAAGAUGUUUUCCCAGGCUAGAGCCAUGCAGAUAUCUUAUGGUUCUGAUGAAGUACACCUCAUGGCCAUUGCUAAAGAUGAAUUAAAACAACAACAGUCACGGCUCUAA